AUGCAUAAACGAGAUUUAGAUUUAGAAAAACUUGAAAAGCUGAAAAGAAAUCCGGAACAAAUUUGGCUUUUAUGGCAUGAUGAACCAAAUGAAAAUUCACCAGAUAUUAAUAAAUAUAAAUUUAAUUGGACUGUAACAUAUCGAAUGAGUGCUGAGGCAUCAUUAGGUGCUUAUGGUAUAACAAUUGUGAAAGAAAAACCAUGGUCGAUAAAAAAAUUUAACACAUGGAUUACAGAACAAUUUUAUAAAAGAUAUAACCAAGCAGUCUGACCACAAAAACGUCUACAAAAAUUUCGUUCCCUGCGACAACAUUAUCCAAUUGUAGCUUUUGGUAAAUGUAUUCCGUCGAACCAAACUUUAUCUCUUGAUGCACAUGUUCAAUCCCAAACUCAAUGUGAUCGUCAAUCAAAUUGUGAAAAUCUUUAUUUAACAACAUCAAAAUUUUAUCUUGCUUUUGAAUCACAAUCAUGUACAGAUUAUAUAACAGAAAAAUUUUGGCGUACACUUUUUGUUGGUGCUAUACCAAUUGUAAGUGGACCUGAACGAGAAAAUUUUGCACAUAUUGCUCCACCGAAUUCAUUUAUUCAUGUUGAUGAUUAUUCAUCAGAUAAAGAACUAAGUGAAGCAUUAAAUUUAAUUGGUACAAAUCGAUCUUUAUAUGAGAAAUAUCAUGCAUGGAGACGUUACUAUGAUGUGUAUUAUCAAGCAAAAGAUGUUGAUCCAUAUCGAUUUUGUGAAUUAUGUUAUCGUUUAAAUACAAAUAAACAACGUAUUUGGUAUGAAAAUAUUAAUGAUUGGUUUUUAGAAAAAUGUUGA